CACACAGCUUCUCACCAAGCUCUAACCGCUCGAUCCAGCAACUACAUCAACACCAACGACCUCACCGGUAUCCCAAACUAACGAUAAAUCAAACAACCGCCAUGGCUCCUAAGGGAAGGAAGGUCGAACGCAAGGAAGAAAACAUCUCUCUCGGACCCCAAAUUCGUGAAGGUGAACUUGUCUUCGGUGUUGCCCGUAUCUUCGCUUCUUUCAAUGACACUUUCGUCCACGUUACCGAUCUCAGUGGACGGGAAACCAUUGUUCGUGUCACCGGAGGAAUGAAGGUCAAGGCCGAUCGUGACGAAUCCUCGCCAUACGCUGCUAUGUUGGCUGCUCAGGAUGUUGCGGCCCGUUGCAAGGAGGUUGGGGUCACUGCUUUGCACAUCAAGAUUCGUGCUACUGGAGGUAAUGGAACCAAGACUCCCGGCCCUGGUGCCCAGUCUGCUCUCCGUGCCCUUGCUCGUGCUGGUAUGCGCAUUGGCCGCAUCGAGGAUGUCACUCCCACACCUUCCGACUCUACUCGUCGCAAGGGUGGUAGACGUGGUCGCCGUCUGUGAGCAAACAAACAAGAAACAAACAAAAAAAAGGAUAUUUGGGAUGUUUUCUUGAUUUUAUUUUUUCCCUCUCUACCCCUUGUCUCCCUCUUAGCCAUCUCAGGCUAUAAAAAUUAAACUCUGGGCUUGUUUCACAAGGAGUUUGGAUCUGCUGAGUUUCAAGUAAUUUUCAACUUCACUUUUUU